AUGGAGCAGCCGCCGUCCUCGCCGCCGCCCCCCGCGGCGGCCACGGCCACGGCUGCGCCUACACCCGCUCCCGCUCCCUCUUCCGCUCCCAUUAUCCUCUCGGACUCGCCUCCCGCGGCCGCGGCGGGGGAGCCCGCGCUGACCGCCGCACAGAAGGCGCUCCGCUCCAAGCCGGCGCGCGCCCCCGAGGACCCCGACAAGAAGAAUAAGAAGCUCAAGGAUGUGGAGAUCAGUUUUCCAAUUGUUUAUGGGACCAUUUCGUUUUGGCUUGGCAAAAAAGCAAGCGAGUACAACUCUCACAAAUGGACCGUGUACAUCCGUUCUGCAACAAAUGAGGAUCUGAGUGUCAUAGUUAAGCGUGUGGUGUUUCAGCUUCACCCAAGUUUCACUAAUCCAACAAGAGUUGUAGAGCAACCGCCUUUUGAGUUGUCCGAAUCUGGAUGGGGGGAGUUUGAGAUUGCAAUAACCCUUUAUUUUCACAGUGAUGUCUGCGAGAAGCGCUUGGACUUGUUUCAUCAGCUUAAGUUGUAUCCGGAAGAGGACGCUGGACCUCAAUCAACAAAAAAACCAGUUGUAGUGGAGACAUACGAUGAAGUUGUCUUCCCUGAGCCCACUGAAGCCUUCUUCUUGCGAGUGCAAAAUCACCCUGCUGCUACUGUGCCCAGGCUACCUCCUGGUAUAACAUUGUCUUCUCCAGGUCCUAUGGAACUUAUGCCACAUGAUAAGAAGCGUUUUGACACCAAGGAUCAUUCUCUGAGCCAGUGGUUCUCAAACUUCUCUGAAGCAGAUGAACUAUUAAAACUGGCUGCUGCUCGUCAACAGGUGCAGGCUCACAUUGCUAAGCUGAGAAGGCAGCUAAGCAUGAUAGAGGGAAUGCCCCAGCAAUCCAGAGUUAUCUCUGGUCAGUCCUGGUCAACAGUUUGGGCACGGCUAAUGGAACGGUAG